GUGGAUUUUAUUUUACAGAUAUUUCUGAUAUUUAUACUUUAUACCCAAAACUGAUUAAUAUAAGCUGACCAAAGCGCGUAUUUAUGCGUGUGAUCUGCUCCCGUUACAAUACAGCCAUCUGUAUUUCUGUUUUAAAUGUAUAUUCUACUUUGAAAGGGACAAUAGAAGUUACCCAAACGGAUUAUAAAUGUUACAUUCAAUGUACCUUGUAAGAAACAUUGCAACAUCAUGUUCAUCACUGCAACCAAGACUGAUUACUAAUAAAACAAUGUGCUUAUACAUGAAAGACAAAAGGCAGCUACUUUAAUGGUAAAACUUUUAAAAUGGCAGAAUAUGUCUGCGAUUACUGCACCCGUACCUUCACCAGAAAAUACAACCUUGAAACACAUAUAGAGAACUGCCACGUUAACUCCACAUGCUACUGCGAGAUCUGCGACACGAGGUUCGGAAGCCCGGCCGGCCUCCAGCUCCACUUCAGCCGAGGACACAAUCGCUUCCUACAGCCUUACCCCGAAUGCGACAUCUGCGGACGAAUCUUCACUAGAAAACAAAAUGUUGUCUCACACAUGGUCACCGUUCACCUCCAAGGCAUCGGGCCUCAGAUACAGUGCCCCACUUGUGGCAAGACAUUCACAACGGAAAGGAACUUAAAGAGACAUGUUAACCAGUUACAUAACCCCGAUGUUCAAUACCCAACCUGUGACUACUGCAAAAGAUCCUUUAAAGGCAAACACUCCCUCUUAGCUCACAUACAGGCAACUCAUAACAUUUUAAAAGGAAUUAUCAAAUGUCAUCUAUGUGAAAAAGUUUACACAAAUAAUAGAAAUCUGAAGCGACAUAUAGAAAUGUAUCAUGGAGAAAAAGGCGAGUUCAGAUGUACGCUGUGCCCUAAAGUUUACACAUCGAAUCAAAGCUUGCGUCGGCACGCCAGAACCAGGCAUAAUACAGACCAGGAAUAUAAAGGGGACUAUAACAUGGAACAAGACACUGCAGAUUAUUAUAACUAUGACUUUAAAGUGCAGCUUCAAGAAUUCAAUUGCGAAUAUUGCGAACAAUUUUUUGAAGACGAACCUACUUUACGCCGGCAUGUCAAAUCUGAUCAUGCUUUUAAACUGUUCUAUGAGUACUGCAGAAAUUCCUUGCUAAAACAGAUGGGGAAGAGUGAGAAAGAAAGCUUUUAUAAUUGCGAGAAUUGUAAUAGUGUGUUUAACUCUGUCUAUGAACUUAAAGACCACAUGAGAACCAGUCAUGAUAGAGAAUAUUCGCUAUCAACCUGUAAUGUUUGCUUCUCAAAGUUUUACAGCAAAGAAACCAUGUUUGAGCACAAAAAGGUUUGCCUGCCACCGCCUAAUGUAAACAACUGCAACUAUUGCGACAAAUUAUUUACAGAUAUCUCAAGUCUAGAGUUUCAUAUCAGGAUUUUUCAUCCCCAAGCCCAAAUAGCUGACAAUGAUGUGUCUUCUACCAACCCGGAAGAUACUGAGGCUGGUUUUAAAUGUCCUCACUGCGAUAGGAUGUAUUACAGUGACCGCUCUUUAAAGCACCAUAUGAAACUCAAACAUACUACUGAUGAAGUUGUAGCUUGCGGAUUAUGUGGAAAAAUCUGUAAUAACAAAUAUUAUUUGGCAUCCCACAUCAAAAUUGUACACAACAAUGACUCCUGGUCCAAAUGUGACUAUUGUGAGAAACAAUUUAAAUCUAAAAGGAAUAUUCGUCGCCACAUUGAGUAUACACAUUUAGGCAUGCAGCGCUACAAAUGCAUCGAAUGUGAGACGCUUUUUAAAGAGAAACGGAGCCUCAGAAAGCAUGUUCGGACUAAGCAUCCCAAUUCUACAGUAUUCCCGCAGUGUCAUAUCUGUUACAGGCGCUUCGAAUCCGCAAAAUCCUGUAAGAUUCAUCUCAAGCUACUUCACUCCUUCAACAUGAACACAUACCCCUGCGAUCGUUGCUCUGUAUCCUUCAGUUCCAAUGAAGCGUUAUCAAUCCAUCUCCAGACGAAACACUUAGCUAAAGACCAGAUCUUCAAAUGCGAACCAUGUAACCUAGUCUUCGCGGGACAGGAAAAAUUUGAACAACACAAAGAAAUAUUUCACGUAAUACCGAACGUAACGCAAAAGAUUUUACCCUGCUGCAUAUUAUGUAUGAAGGAUUUCAGUACACGAAAAACUUUAAAGCGGCAUAUUAAGAAGUUCCAUAACGAUUUUGAUGCAGAAGAACUAGCAACAUAUGGCUCUAAGAAACGCAUGUUCAAUAUAGAAUGUGAGGAAUGUAUACAGAAUUUCAACAACGAUUUUUACUUAGAUAUAUAUCAGAAACUUAAGCAUUUGAAAGAUUCUAUUGUUUUUAAGUGCGAGAGCUGUUCAUCAUCUUAUAACUGCUUGGAAUAUUCUAUACAGAGGCAUAAGACGACUAAUAUGGCCGCAUGUAAGGGUAAGAUGAUUUUAAGUGAGUUGUGUACUGCGGUGAUGAGCGACGAGGCGUCUAAUAGUGCUCGGGUGGAGUCGGUGGAAGCAGAGAGCACUACAGGAGAUAUAAAUAUAAAGGAAGAGCCUAUGGAGGUAGAAGAUAUUGUAAAGACUGAACCUAUGUCGCCAUGAAUAUAAAAUACAUUAUUAUAAUCAGGGCAAACGCAACCAAGUUUAAUUUUUAGGAUUCCGUACCCAAAGGGGAAAAACGGGACCCUAUUACUAAGACUCCGCUGUCCGUCGGUCUGUCUGUCACCAGGCUGUAUCUCAUGAACCGUGAUAGCUAUACAGUUGAAAUUUUCACAGAUGAUUUAUUUCUGUUGCCGCUAUAACAACAAAUACUAAAAAGUACGGAACCCUCGGUGCGCGAGUCCGACUCGCAAUUGGCCGGUUUUUUUAUUUUAUUGUAUUUUAAUUUUAACUCUUAUUUCUACCUUAUUGUUCUAUGGACUUUUGUCUGAAUUAAAUUAAAAAAAAAUUAUUUUAUUUGAGUAGAGGUAAGAAUUUUUAUGCUUACAUAAACCAACAUUGCAUAAAAAUAUGUAACAAAGUUAUAUUGACUGUAUCUCAAAAACCUAGUUACUUAAGGCAAUAAUUAUAGUAAUCAUAUUACAUAAAUUAAGUUGGAAUAUAUGUAAGAUCAACAUAUUUUUGUUUACAUUUCAUAUUUUUAAUUUCAUAUAUUCUCAUUUUCAUCUUACAAUCAGAGACGAGUUAAGAAUAAAGUCAUGUAAGUUGUAAAGUCUACAUAAACCCGCUUUCUUUGCGAUAGAAGAUCGAGGGUUUUCUGAAUGUUUAAGAGUUUUUAACACCUUCCUGAAUUUAGUAACUGUCGAGCGAUACGGCGAUACGUAGAAGUGAUAUGGUUAUAUCUCUAUCGUAUCUCACGUAAUGCGGCGUCCCUUUUUUAUGCAGAUCCUUUUUUUCUUAGAAGUCUUUAUUAUUUACACGUCUUUGUAAAAUGUAAGUAAGUAUUAGGGUACCAUAAGUAUUAUAAUUUUGUAUGUGUAGUAUUUAAGAAGGCAGGUACAAUUACGUCUAUAGAUAUACAAACAUCAGACACCGUGGGCGCUAAUAACCCUACCGAUUUUAAGAGUCGCACGAACCCGCCGCUCUUAUACAAUGGGGUUGACCGGUGGAAGUAUUUUACAGAUGGCACCAGCAUAGGUUUUACCUGUCAAUCCUACGAAUAGUAACGUAAUGUCAUUCUUGUUUUUAUUGGAA